AUAAAGAUACAGGAAAGAGUAAUGUGAUGACAGAUCUGUACGUGUCUUCAAAUGAGUUAGAAACUAAGAAAAUUGAAUGUGUCGGCGACGAUCGCCAUAGCAACCGAAGUCAACAAAGCAAAGUCGCCUUCCGGCUCUUCAGCUCGAUAACUUUCCAGCUGUACGUCGCUUUAUAUAGACUUAAUCUGUAACACAUGCCACUGAUAUAAUGCACAGCAAUAGUGCUCUUCAUAUUCAGACUGCUUUACAAACCAUCAAAGUACAAACAAUCUAUAACUAUGGCAUCAGAGACAAAUAUAUUUCCCUCUGGUGAUGAACCGCAGAGAGCAGCACUCGCACCCGUAUCCUCAAAAAAGCUCCCGCGAGAAACUCUUGAACCGUCCAGGAGGAAACUGGUGUCUCUAGAAAGCCAGCGCAUUGUUGGGGUCCUGGAUGAGUGCAUCAGCAAAAUGGAGUUUGUGGCUGUGCUACCGUGUGUGCUGGACCAGGCGGAGAGCCUGUUGCUGGGCAUCGGUGCCGACGUAACCUGCCCCCUCAUGGAGCACCUGCGUCAGGUGGAGGCGUACCACACUCUGGUCCUGCAGGAAGACCUGAGUCAGGACGCCAGGGCAAAACUGGCAACAGCCCAGACUGCAGUGCAGACCUCCCUAGCAAACCUUCUACGGGUCCUGAGGACUCACCCCUCUGCAGAGGCGGGGCUUAAGGCACUGGAGCCAAUCACGGAGGAGCAGAAGGCAGUUGAGGGACUGGUGAGGGGGUUGCAGGAGCUCCGAGCUGUCCUGCUGGAGAGGCUGCUGACCACACCUGGUGAAGAGAGGGAACGCAGACAACGCAUCCAAGAACUCUGCCUGCGUCACUGCGCUAACCUGGAACUAGUUGCCACGCUGGAGAAGGAGGUUGCCAUGGCAAUAAAGAGCAGGGAUGAGGAAAUCUCAGAGAGGGACGAGGUGAUCCGGAAGCUCAAGAGCUCUCUCCACCUCAUGGAGAAGACUUCGGAAGACUACGUGAGGCGGACGCAGAGGCACGCGGAGAGGGAACACCAGUCGGAUGGGAAGACCUCCGAGGGCAAACAGGAUCGCCUGCAGGAGGAAGCCAACAAACUGAGAGUCCAGCUCAACAACAUCCUCAUGGAACACAGAGAGAAGGAGAUGGCACUGCGCAAGAAGAAUCAGAAGGUGGAGACUGAGAUUGAGAACUGGACUCAGAAAUAUGAUGUUGAUAUGAAGAAAAAACAGCUGGAGGUGGAGGAGCUGACUCGGGUGUAUGAGGAGGAGGUGGAGGAGCUGAGGCAGGUGGAGCUUCACUACGCUGUGGUUAAGGUGGAGUUCACCCAGAUCAUGGAGACUCGGCAACGCGCCAGGGAGCACAGGGAGGAAGAGGAGCGGGACACAGCGAUGAAGAUUCAAGCUGCCACCAUCAUCCAGGCCUUCUGGAGAGGGUGGCUCGUCCGCAGGGUCAAGAGAUCAAAAGGCAGGAAAAGUAAGAAGGGCAAGAAGAGUAAGAAGAAAUAAUGCAACACACACACACCCACACAUGUAUAUAUACUCUCUCUCUCACACACACACGUGUGUGUGUGUGUGUGUGUGU